AUGUCAAGGAUACAGAAAGGGUUAAAUCGAGGUAGAUUACGAAAAAGCGGUUCGUCAACUAAUACACCCCUCAGUCGGAGUCCUCAUCAUGGCAAACUCUCUCCUAUAAAGACUCGGAGACUUUACAAAUCGUAUGUUGGACGCUUGCAUUUCUUAAGUUACGGUAUUUCGAUGGCAAAACAGGUGAAUGUGUCCAGAUGCACCAUCUGCAAAACCUCUGAAGGGGAUCUAACCUCCUGUACCCAGUGUCAUAAAUUGUGUCUGUUUUUGAGUUUUUAUUCAUCCAGUAGACUGGAUCCCUCUAUUUCUUGCGAAAAAAAAACACUUUUACUUUCAGAUCAUCUCUCCAAGUGUAUUCUAUACAGUGCGUACAUGAUUGCUCGUGUGGCACAUGUGAAUUGGCUUUGUCCCAAAUGCAUUCGAUGUUCCUCGUGUCAUUUAAUGGUUGAUGAUCCAACAAAUGUUGAAUGCGUUCAUUGUCUUCAAGCAUGGCAUGGUGCGUGCCAGCCACCAGGCAGCACUGAGGUGGACCGACAAUUUUUCUGCAAGAUAUGUCUGGAAAGUGUGAGCCAGCCAGAAGCGUGUAAGUACAACUUUCAGGUCCUUUACGACAGUCCUUAUCCAGAUGAUAUAAAGAGCGUACAAUUAUUUUUCGUAUGUGCGUAUUGUCUAAAGCCUUUCAGCGAGCAAAACUCUUACUUUGUUCACCAGGACUGCUGCCCUCGAAUAGCUCCGCCUGGUCGUGAAAUUUAUCGCGAUUCUCAUUCGAAUCUUUCGUUUUUCGAGGUCGAUGGCGCCGUGGAACGUACGUAUUGUCGCUACCUUUGCCUUCUGGCAAUGCUUUUCAUUUCCUCCAAAACAUCACACAACGAAGUGGGAACGUUCUAUUUCUAUAUCUUGACAAAGAAUGACGAAAAUGGAUGUCGCAUACUUGGAUAUUUCUCGAAGGAGAAGAAUCCGAGCAGAAAUAAUAACCUGUCUUGUUUGCUGACCAUACCAAGUGAGCAGCGACACGGAUAUGGGCACUUGCUCAUCGAUAUGAGUUACCAGCUAUCCAGCAUUGAAAGAAAAGUUGGCUCUCCUGAACAUCCGCUGUCGGAUCUCGGGUUAUUCACAUACAGGAAAUAUUGGAAGUCCAGUAUAUUGUGCUAUCUCAGAUCACGUAAAGAUUCCACGAAUAUCUCAAUAAAAAGCAUGAGUCUCCAAACCCGUAUUCAUCCGACAGACAUUGUCAACGAGCUGAUGAGAAAUAAUCUACUGAUUAUGAAGGACGGUAACUACUUCAUCAAGACCUGGAAGCUUGCGUUCAAAUUCCCGCUGUCAGCGUUAAGGCGACGAGUUGUCGAUGCUUCUCGAAUCAAAUGGGCACCUGAUUUUGAUGUAAACACGCUCGACCCAUACAAACUAAAUCAUUACGCUUAA